CGACGACCGCAGUGCCCCGACCGAGCUGGCAGUGAGCUCGCAGCGAGCCGCGCCGCGAGUGUGACCCUCCGCUGGUGCCUGGUGCCGCCGCGCCGCGCGCGCGAUGUGAGUGCCCGCCGCCCCCGCCGAUGGUGUCGCCUGCGCGCCGCCCCGUGCCGCCAUGGAAGAGGAGCCCGGCGCCGAGGAGCAGACGCUCAAGCAGAAGGUGCUCUUCUACAUCACCGCCUUCUUCGUCCUCCUCGGCAUCUUCUCGCUGUUCGCCUUCCUCUUUCUGGUGCCUUUCGUCAUCGACCCGGCGUUCACCACCGUCUUCAUGGAGUUUGACGAGCGGCCGGCGUGGUGCGUGACGAUGGACGCCGAGCGCCGACUGGGCGUCUCGAAUUGCACGUGGUCGUCGUGCCGCGAGGGUUGUACCAAGGACACGUACACGUGCACACAAGUGCGCGUCAACUAUCGCCUGGUGCCAGCCGAUUUCAACUACUCGCUGAUUGCGCUCCCCACAGACGAGCCAACACCGCCGCCACCGCGUGAUCGCCGCGCCGCCCCCGAUCAUCCCGCUGCCGAGCUGGAUCGUGACUACGAUUACUACGUCGCCGAGGCAGAGCCCACCGGUCUCAUGGGCAACGACUCCGAAUGGUAUUAUGUCGGAGCUAAACUAUUACCAAACGUCAAGGGCUGCGGAUAUCCACCGAUGCUCAACUGCUCUAUUUGGCUGAAGAGGUAUCAGGACAUCGGCACCAACUUCUCCUGCUACUACAGCCGCGUUGAUCCCGGCAUCGUCAUUAGUCACCUGGACAUGUGGCAGGUGUACAUGAACCUCGUCUAUGCCAUGGCCAUACCCAUUCCCUCGUUUAUCCUCUCCAUCAUAUAUUUGACCUUUGCCUACUUCAAGAUCUACAGUGAAGAUGAAGAAGAAGUGCCGUUGGAGAAAAACGCCGAGGCGAUGGACAUGGAGGGCGAGUCAAGUCUACCCGAUGAGACACCCCUUCAACCCACAUCCAGCGGGGCUACACCUUCGGAAGCAUUCCGUGAAGAUCUCGCCAGUUUUGGGCACCAUUUCAAGGUCGCCAUGGCGGAUGAGAUGAGCCGCGAGAGUUUCGCCGAUGGUGUCGCCAAUUCAAUUUCAAUCCCUGGGCAUUUGACAACAAUGACGACGAGUAUUUCGAUGACGGGCGGCCCGAUAGCGGACAUUUAACGUGUCGCCCUCUGUGCGCGAAGAGCUUCGAAGUUUGUGCAUGCGCGCGCGUGCCACCGCCCACCCGCCGCCCAGCCGCCUCCUACCUUCUCAGGCUUGAGUGUUUUCGUACUUCUUUUGAUAUAACCUAACACGCAGUGCGGGGCGGAGCUUGAGAAACGGGCAGCAACACUCUCCGAGCGAAAGCAUGGGGAGGAGGGACAGGAGGAGAGUGGCGCAACACUUGUUAUAAUCAUUAUUGAUAUCUGCAUAUAUCUAUUACAUUUAUCGCGGAACGUGAUUUUUCGAAUUUUACGUGUGUUAUUGCUUUAGAUAGAAAGAGAGAAGAGAAUUUCAGCCGAUAAAACGCGAGAGGCGUUGCAGAGACCCGCCCACCUCGUCCACACACACACACAACCCACAAUACACCAACGCACAUUUAAAAUGUAAAUAAUAAAAACCAAAAAAAAAAAUAAUGCUUACAAGACACAAAAAAUGGUAAAACAUGCACCAAAUCGAUGUGCCGAUGUGUGACAUGACAUGCAAUACACUCUAACUUGUUCACUUUUACAUGUUUUAUAUAUUUACGUGUUUGUCAUUGCGUCGAAUUGAUUUUCGGCUCGAUACACCAUCAUCGAUUUGUGAGGUUAUGUAGUUGCGUGCGCUCGCCUCACACCCAAUCACGUAUCAGAAGUCAAUAAUUUCAAUGUACAACCACAGAAACACACACAGAGCGACAUUCAUCGAUUCGAUCAAUCAUUAAUAUAUUAUACAACUAACGUAAUCGUUCGACGAGAUGAUAAGAGCCAACCCGUCCGUUUUGCUUUCAUCACACAAACACUUUCUUCUCUUUAGCCAAGUCAGUAGCAGUUAGCGAAAUAUUAAAUGUGCUUUUACUUUGAUCUUCGAAAUUAAUUGCCGAUGCGUGACGAAUCGAUAUUGACGACAAACCAACAAAAAAAACAAAAAUUAUAUAAUAUAUACAUAUAUAAAUUAACUUGCUGUUAGAUUACGUGCCUUCCAUAUGUAUCUGUUGACAUUUGACAUUAUACGAGAAACACAGAAACGAAAAUGAUGCUGGUGAGAAGAACAAAAAACUAUUUAUUAAGGUGGUCGGUGAAAAGGUGACGAGGAGUUUGUUAGCAGCGACAUCUGUUGUUCACUAGCUUUGCCGCGAACACUGUUGCCAUAUGUGUGUGUGGCGAAUUUGCAAAAACUGUAAAAAAAUAAAACCAGAAACUUAAACGUAAUUGUUAUUCAAUUAGAACAGCACUGACUACUUGUAACGAUUUAAACAAAAA